AGAAACAAAUAUCACAAUCACAAACAGUAUGAGAAGAAGACACAACAAUGAUAAUGAUGCAGAUAAAUACAGAGUCCAAACUUCAAAUUUUCCCAAAUCAGAUUCAGAGCACUUGUCAUUCUGGUCUUCACAGAAACGAGUCUUCGGUUUCUGUUUGGCAUUCCGAAUUCUGAAUUCUCUUUUAGUGCAGAGUUACUUCAACCCAGACGAACACUGGCAGGGACCUGAGGUUGCGCAUCGCAUCGCAUUUGGGUAUGGUCAUUUAACGUGGGAGUGGAAACAGGGUAUCCGCAGCUACUUGCAUCCCAUGCUAUUUGUUGUGCUUUAUAGGGUUCUCGCUAUACUUAAUCUUGAUACACCUUGGCUUAUGAUGAGAGCUCCACGGCUACUGCAAUCUGUGUUCUCUGCAGUUGGUGAUUUGUACUUGUACAAACUUUCUGCUGUUCUCUUUGGUGACCGUGUUGCAAAAUGGGCAGUAUCCUAUUAUUUUAUUUACUUCUUGUUCUUGCUGCAUUACUGUAUAGAAAUUAGAAACACUUUGAAGAUACCUUCUUUCCACGUCAUGUAUGAAAACUUAACUCAGUCUCAGCUCUUUUCGCAGUUGGCCAAUUGGUUUAUGUUUUAUUGUUUUUCUCGUACACUAUCAAAUAGCUUGGAGACUGUUCUUACACUAGUGUCUCUAUACUUUUGGCCAUGCAUGAGGUCUUCCAACAAAUGUUCCUUUGUUUCAAGGAAGUGCGGUUUAGUGGUGGCAGCGUUGGCUUGUGCUAUUCGGCCAACAAGUGCAAUCACAUGGCUGUAUGUUGGCCUUCUUGAGCUUUUAAAGGCACAUGACAGAUUGAAAUUCAUUUUUUUGGAGGUGGCUCCUAUUGGGACCCUGGUGCUUGGACUUACCUGCUUAUUAGAUCGUUUCAUGUAUGGCACGUGGAUUCUAGUACCGCUUAAUUUUCUAAAGUUCAAUUUUCUUUCCUCGGGUGGAGACUAUUAUGGAACUCACAAGUGGCAUUGGUACUUAACUCAGGGAUUUCCAGUCAUGAUCUUCUCUCACUUACCAUUUUGUAUAGCUGGUAUCAUUUAUUCCAAACAAUGGAAGUUUACUGGCCUCCUUGCAUGGGUUUUGAGUUUCUACAGUGUAUUAGGGCAUAAGGAAUUCAGGUUUGUCUUGCCAGUUCUUCCCAUAGCUCUGAUGUUCUCUGGUUAUUCUUUGGCUGUGAUAGAAGAUCCUGGUUCUCCACAGUAUAAAGGAAAAGAAUCUUCAAAAAAGCAUACCAAAUGUCCUCCCAAGAUGAGAGUUGCCAUCUUAUUUUUGCUUGCUACCAAUAUUCCAAUGGCUUUGUAUAUGAGUUUGGUUCAUCAGAGAGGACCUGAGGAUGUUAUGAACCACCUUGCCAGAGAAGCUCUUCAUGGGAAAGUGAAAAGCAUCCUAUUCCUAACGCCUUGCCAUGCAACCCCCUACUAUUCCAUGUUGCAUCAUAACCUGCCAAUGCAAUUUCUUGACUGCACACCAAGUGAAGAGAAAGGAGUUCCAGAUGAGUCUGACCGUUUCAUGAUGGACCCUGUUCCUUUUGUGUCUGAAUAUGCAAAAAAUUGGUCUUCACCGAGCCACGUUGUUUUAUUUGAUUCAGAAGAACAAAAAUUAAGGAACUUUCUAAUUUCAUUUGAUUUUAAAGAGGAAAGAAGAUUUUUUAAUGCUCACUUCAAGGUGGAUCGUGAUCUUCAAACUUCAAUUGUUGUAUACGUUCGAAUAAGAUAGAAAAAUUUAUCUGAUAUGCAGCAAGUUUUGGUAUCGUGACAGUUCAAUGUAUCAUUUCUGCACGUGUCUGCUUACUCCACUAUUAAUCUAAUUUGAUGUCUCUGAAACCAAUGUAUGUUAUCUGUUAAUGUAUUGUUUACCUGGAAAUUUUUCAGUAGACAGCUUGUAAAU